CUUGCCCAACCUGCAAUGACUUCCACGGACUGGUGCAGAAGAUCAUGGAACUGCAGGAUAUCUUAGCCAAAACAUCCAGCAAGGUAGUGUAAUGUAUCCUGGUCAUAAACCUUUGUUGUCAAUGCUGAUAGCUCAGGCUAUUCAUUUCUGUUUCACAAGUUCAGCAAGUUUAAUUCACCAUCGAAGGGCAUCUAUGGUCUACCUAUAUGAAUCUACUUUGAUAAUGUCAUACAAUGUAGAUCUCCUUUAGUGCAUGGUUGACUGUAGCAAGGCUUGUAAUAGAAUGUGUUUCAUGUGUAUAUACUGUAGAUCAGUGGUCACCAACCUUUUGAGUCAAAAUGCAAGCUGAGAUCUACUGCUCAGAUGUUUUUUUUUACAUGACUUAAAAACAUAAGCCUAUGGAACAUUAACCAAUUAAAAACAGUUCUGUAGCAAUGAAGUUUGUGCAGUAAGCUAUAGGCCCAAUACAUUAUCACUGCAUAUUGGCUAUGCUUGAAUUGCCUUGCCAAUGUUGUUCUUCUCAGACCAUUUUGAAAUUAUAUUUACAAAAUGUAUGUAUAUGAUCACACUGGGAAUAGAUCAUUUGUUGUAGUGAGCAUAAUAAUUAAUCCCCCCUCCCCAAAAAAAUGACAAGCCGCUAAUAAUAACAACGCAAGCUUAUCGGAACACUUUGCUAUACUCAUUCAUUGUAGCUGUUGAUAGUGCUGAAUAACAAUUUAAACAUGAAUGAACUCAUAAAAACAGCUGCUGUGUUCAUUGAGUCUCUCUAGUCAUGGUUUUACGUUUUGAAAUCUCACAGUAUCAACUUUGCUGUGCGUUCAAGGUUUAUUUUUACAGUCUAUGGCUCAAGGAAACUGUGCAGACACAGUGAUCUGAGCUAUCUGAUUGGCCAGCGGUAGUAGGCCUAUAGGUGCACUUGAUUUUCUCUGGGCCUGCCGGGUAGGCGGAGUUCUACCUUCAAUAAUAUAAUAAUAUAAUAUGGGUUAAAAUGGGAACGCUUUCCUUUCCCGGCGCUAGGGCUGCUGAAUCAAGUGCACCUCCCGCCAACAGGGCGAAACAAAUAAACAUAGGAACGCAAGGCUUUAUCGUUGGGUAGGCGGAGUUCUACCUUUAAUAAUAUAAUAUGGGUUAAAAUGGGAACGCUUUCCUUUCCCGGCGCUAGGGCUGCUGAAUCAAGUGCACCUCCCGCCAACAGGGCGAAACAAAUAAACAUAGGAACGCAAGGCUUUAUCGUUGGGUUUUUUACAGAAAUGUUUGGUGAUCGACUAGGAAUGCCUUGGAGAUCAACCAGUUGAUCAUGAUCGACCGGUUGGUACCGCUGAUAUAGAUGGAUGAUAUGCACCGAUCUGAGACCCUCUCCCUCCCUCCCCCCUCCCUUCCUUUGUAUCUGGGCCUGGCAUGGCCAGCUGUCCAGAGCGGAGGAGAUGAUGAAUGGUCUGUAUGGAUGCUAUUGUGAGAGGACCUGCAGCAUCAAGGGGGUCAUCUACAGAGAGGACGAGUCAUUGACAGAUGGCUGCAGGAAUUGCACAUGC